GAUCGACAUCCUUAUCUAUGAAAAAUAGAUUGACAUCCUUACCAGCGAAUAGAUAGAUAUAGAGAGCAUCGCAGGUUGUCCCACGCUGCAUAUACACACAACAUGACAGGCUCAGGAUUUCAUCUGGUUCUUUGGUGGCUGGUUCUGGUCUGCUCCUUCAGCCAAGCAUCUGCCAUAAUUGGAUCAAGAAGAUUCAUUAUCACUUCCAAGGCGGGUAUUGGAGUCCAUGAGUUCGCUGUCUUUGGCUACGAAUCGGGAGGCCUCCUCUCUGCCUCUUUUUUUCUGGGUGAGCGGAAGCCUCUUAUUGAGGGAAUGGCUCCGGAACGUCAGGCGGUGUACCUUGCCGUCUGCCGGAAGGAUCAUACCAUUGAGGAGGCAGCAGAGGCAGAACGUCAGCGGCUGGCCAAUGAGGCGGCAGCCCAAGCUCAGCAGACUGCUGAGGCUGACGCAGCGGCACGAGACCAACGGAAUGCCGCCAGUACGGAGUCCCUGAUUCAUAGUGAAAGUCAGUGGACAACGUUCCUCCAAGGCAUGAUCUUUGUGCCUUCGGACGCGCAGGCAGAUCCGACACCGGCGGAGGCGGAGAGGACUUACCUGGCUAACUUGAUGCUGGGCAUGAUGAGAGGCAUCAUGUGGAAUAACACACUGCUGCAGGCACAUCUGCGCACGGAACGACAGCAGCGACAAAAGUACCAGCAAGACAUUGCUGUUUUAACAACUGCCAUCCGCGCCGAAGCAACGCAGCAGCAGCAACAACAUCAGCUGUUGAACUCCGCUCUCGCACAUAUCAACAGCAUUGAGGCUAACGCCUCAGCAGCGCGAGGCUGCACGACAGACGCGACGAAGCAACUCAAUGAGCGCAUCGAUCACGUCGUCACCAUCAUCGGCGACAUAGGUGUUUUCAAUGGGCCGGACACGAUCAGUAGCAUGGUGGCCGCCAUCAAGACGGACAUCACCAAGCUGCAGACGAGACCGGACGCCACUACAAAGACUUACAAGAUGCCGCACUUCGACAUGAGCAAGUUCGACGACUACAACAAGUCGGACGCCUUGACAUGGUGGCAACGUUUCCUCACGGAAGCAUCAUGCCGCACUGUCCCGGCAGACGACAUGAUGAAGGCACUUUACUUGCAACUAAUUGGAGGAGCGCAGGCUUGGAUGAACCAUCUGGCGGCUACCAACAAAUGCACCAUCGUCGAACUCCAUACGCACAUCACGUGGAAAGAGUUCGAGAAGCUAUGGUUCACCCGGUUCAUGGUCCGCAACGUCGUGAAGGCGGCCAUGAACGAGGUGUACACCUGCUCUCAAGGAAAUAUUCCAACUCGAGACUGGACAACCAAGUGGCAGAAGAUAGUGACCACGCCAGGAUUCGAUUUGAGUUUUCCAAAUCAACGAUCCGAGUUCUUCUCUCGAUCAUGCGCGGGACUGCGGUCGGCACUCGGCAACGAGUACGACUAUGACCCGUUCCAGGCCAUUCUGGAUCGUGCGAACUUAGUCAUCCAAACGGAUGACAAGGCCGCAAACGAACGGCAGUCCCAGCCGCAUUAUGUGGCUAAGCAGGGCUAUCAACGUCGGACACAUAACAACUCCGUGAUUUCUGAAGAAAUAGACGAUCUCCACGCUGCAGCAGCAUCCUCGAGUGAUGGAGGAAUUGUAGCAGCGCUCCCGCCGAAGCGUCCCAAGAGAGUUCGGAAGAACAAGGCGACACAAGAGACAACAUCGACGGGAACUGGGCAGCAACCAUGGACGACUUACAAGAUAACCAAGGAUGUCUAUGACCUUCCUUUCGGGUUUGGAAAGCAAUGGUCUCAAUUGCAGAAGGCUCAGGGAACCCCCAGGUUGCAUGCUGAAAAUGAUAUCUUCGAAUCCAAUGAGUGUGCAGAGUAUCAUCUCAGCCUUAUCUCCAAAGAGCGCACCUCCGUCGAAGAACGUCGUCCGCAGCAGCAUCAAGUGAGACCAGAAACCGCAGUCAUGAGUCUGGCGAUCCUUACCUGCAACUACAAGCUUGUCCAAGUGAACAAGGUAGCAUUUGUGCUGACGAAUCCUGGAGGGGAACAUCUGGGAACUCGAUAUGAACCACUUCGAUAUGUGUAUACAGCGAUGCUGAUGGCGUGGUUGACUGCGUUUGUAACCCUCUUCUCCAACUACAUCAUGUAUAUGCAGAGCCUCCAACUCGUCGAUGGCAGCCUUAGUUAGGGCAAUGGAAGCCUUCAGAUUAGCCUCAGAAAUGAAGAUAAAUUGGGGCAAGUCGA